GUAUUUCCUCAUCCUUUUAAAUUACGCUGCUGUGACGCGCAGUGGUUUAUGCUGGAUACAGCAGCGGGCAGUUUUUCGGUGGCUUCUGUGGAUGGCCAUUAACAAGGUCGGUUUAAUUACCAAGCCAUCUUAGUUUUCCUUAUUUAACCACAAUUUCACGUGAGUGUCUUUCUUUUUACAUAGUAGUUUCCUUCAGACAAUUGUUUGCCUUUGACACAAACUUAAUGGAUAUCAACGGCACAGAGUCGCAUAUGUCCGACACGGGUCAUGUCCAUAAUUAUAAGCAAGGAUGUAAAAGUGUGGAGCGCAACAGUUGGAAGAGUUUUGGUGAACCGCCACCUGAAAACGGCAAUGGACUUGAUGAUAAUGCUGAUUACACGGAUUUUGAGGAGCAACAGAUCCUCUUAAAAGACAGGCGAAGGGCGAAGUCACUGCCCGCUUACCCGGAGCAGACAAGCCUUUUCAAAAAAAUCUCACAGGGAUGCAGAAAGAGAGUGAAGUUUGCAGAUGCGCUGGGACUUAACUUGGAAAGCGUGAAGCACUUCAGCAGCACUGACGACCCACACGUCCCUUCUAAAGUAUUUUCAAGACUUCAGACCUUCCCUCCUCAACAAGAAUGUGAAUUAUUUGGAGACCUGUGUGACACAUUCAAUUCCACACUUGCAGUGGAUCGGUUGGUACCCACGUUCAAGAUGCCAGUGGAGAAAACUGACUUUGAAACCCGAGUUGAACGGUGCCGCGUAACUCUAGAAAAAAUAACUGUUACUCGAUUUGACGUGCGAGGGACGAUAAGAGCACUGACAUCGGGCUCAUGUAAGAGGGAGGUUGGAGUGAGGUAUACAUUCAACGACUGGCUUUCAUUCAUGGAUGCGCAAGCGAUACCAAUGUCAGGGAAGAAUACUGCUGCAGUCGGAGAAAAGUUUAUGUUCACGAUGUAUACGCCUCCAUUCAUGGACCCCAGCUCCUCGGUUCACUUCGCAGUAUAUUCCAAGAGUGACUACGGCGAGUUUUGGGAUAACAACGAAGGAAAGAAUUACACUUUGAAGUAUCACUGCAUUUCCACUUAUGAGACAGCAGCAUUCCUUGCCACUUAAACGCACAUUACUUUAUGUAAUGUCACGGGCCUGCGCACUUAAUUAGCAGCCUACAUAGUACGGCACUUUAAUAAAUAUAUUAAAGUUCAUAUGUCCCCCGAUAGCAUUUGGUUUUAUGGCUGUCAUUCGGUAGUGAAAAUGAGAGACGUGGCAAGUUUGCAGAACAUUGUAUAUUUAAUCUGUGUGCAAAUACGUGAAAUGAGACAGCGAUAGUCUACACUUACAAUGUACUCACACGUGCUGCUGUUAGUUCUGAAUAACACUUUAAGUACAACUAUUUUUUUCAUGGACCCUACGACAUAUUGUGAUACAUAUGUUGAAUAAUUAACAUUAUUUUUUAAAAAGAAAUUAUGAAAUGGUUAGAUCUUAGAUUAGCCUAUAAAGCAUUAUUUUCAAGAAAACUUACAUACAAAACUGGUAUUUAAUGGCCUACAGUAUAGCAACAUAUUUUAUAAAAUAUGUCAUAAGAGUUGUUUAUACUAUGAUAAAACAAUAUUUGAGCAAACAGUAAAGUAAAACUUCUGAGGCAUAUGGUGCAUUGAUACUCUCACUACUGCAGUGGUUCCCAAACGUGGUUCUGGGCACGCCCCUCUUUACAGUAUCUUUUUUAAAAACACACACGUUCAACAACAUAAUUACACCAGUCUUUAAUUUGAUCAUGUGGUUUAAGAGGGUAAAUAAUCCUUCUAAACAUAAAAGGCAUUUAAUAAAAAUAAAAAAAAUUACAAUGGAAUGAAAACUAGCAUAUGCAGGGGGCCCAAGGACCGAGUUUGGGAACCACUGCACUACCGCAAUGUAAAUAAGGUAUAAAAUAUGUAUGCUCAAAUCUGAACCUUGAAUCCAAAUCUAGCCCGGGUUUUCUUUUCCCCCAGGUAAAUUAACUAAAAAAUUUGGCCAGCCUGUAUUUACACUUGACUCCGAGGUAAAGGGAGGUCGAAAAACCAGGAGUUCUUGGACCUCCAGUUCUUGAGUUUGCAGAAAAUUGUACCACCUCUAUGAAUAUGUUGUACUCACAAUACUUCAUCUAUUUUAUACAGAUUCCCCCCCCCCCCAUAAUUUCAUAUCCAUUGUUAGGACUUUCAUGUCUUCUUGUUGGCAACUUUUUAAAAUGGUAUUAUUCUACUUUUGCCUAAAACAACUGUUAUUUUUGUGAAUAUCCUUGAAUGAAUGUAUUAAAAUCACACAACAAAUUGCAUUAUAUAAUACAAUGUAUUUUUAAAAAUUGAAUGUAAAUGUAUUAAGAUAACCCUCUGAAUAGUGGCUUGAAAACAAAAACAUAAAUAAACAGAAAUCCAAAUCA